CUCCCCGGACCCUGCAUUCACUAUAUCUGGUCUCCCCGGACCCUGCAUUCACUAUAUCUGGUCUCCCAGGACCCUGCAUUUACUAUAUCUGGUUUCCCCGGACCCUGCAUUCACUAUAUCUGGUCCCCCUGGACCCUGCAUUCACUAUAUCUGGUCUCCCCGGACCCUGCAUUCACUAUAUCUGGUCUCGCCCGGACCCUGCAUUCACUAUAUCUGGUCCCCCUGGACCCUACAUUCACUAUAUCCGGUCUCCCCGGACCCUGCAUUUACUAUAUCUGGUUUCCCCGGACCCUGCAUUCACUAUAUCUGGUCUCCCACACUACACACAAC